CUCGGUGCCUCGGCAAGUGCGAAAGGGGGAAGGUUACCCGACCCUUCGCUUGGCUCCGAUCCAUGACAAAACAAGAAACAUCACUUGACAUCUCCAAUGUCCAUGCAUAAGGUAUCCAGCAAAAGUCCCUAAAUCAUCUCUCUAUUGCCAAUACACAAGAACUGGCAAUAUGACAUCUCUAGAGCUCCAAGAUCGAAACCCACCCCCACUUUUCGAACUCGAUCAGCAGCAUUCACACGGUCGUGAGAAUGCCCAUGAUAUCGCCAUAGUUGAGCAAAACUUGGCUCCAGCGGAUGGAGGAGCUGCGGCAUGGAGAUUGAUAGCCGUUGCGUUUGUCUUUGAGGCUCUUUUAUGGGGUCAGUAUACGUCCUUCCAACUUACCUUCCCUUGCAAGUUCAAGUUCCCCAAAAAUAAAACAAAGCUGAAGCAAUGAGUAAAUAGGGUUUCCAUUGUCUUUUGGCGUGUUCCAGAAUUAUUACUCUCAGCAACCACAGUUUGCUAAUAAUCCGUUUAUUUCUAUUGUUGGGACGGUGGCGUCGGGUAUUUCGUAUUUGGGGGCGCCGCUCAUUAUUCCUGUUAUCAAGAGGUAUUCGAAGUAUCAGAGACAUAUGAUCUGGAUUGGCUGGCCCCUCUGCAUCCUCGGCCUCGUUGCCGGCUCCUUCGCCAAAACCCUACCCACCCUCAUCUUCACCCAAGGCGUCAUGUACGGCAUCGGCUUCCUCAUCUUCUACUACCCCAUCAUCUCCUUCGUCAACGAAUUCUGGAUCACCCGCCGCGGCAUGGCCUACGGCAUCCUGUGCGCCUCGUCCGGCGUAUCCGGCAUCGUCAUGCCCUUCGCAGUCGAAGCCCUCCUCGCAAAAUACGGAUACCAAACUACUCUACGCAUCAUCGCUGUUGGUCUGGUUGUGAUUACUGGGCCGUUGAUUCCGCUGCUGAAGGGGAGAUUGCCGCCGAGUGCGCAUGCGGUGGCGGGGAGGACAAACUGGAAGGCGUUGAUGUCGCCGGUGUUUUGGGUUUGUUGCACUAGUAAUGUUGUGCAGGGGCUGGGGUAUUUCUUCCCUUCGUUGUAUUUGCCUUCGUAUGCUGCGGCGAUUGGACUCAGUGGUACGCAGGGUGCGCUUGUGUUGGCUUUGUUGAGUGUGUCGCAGGUUAUUGGGCAGUCGAGUUUUGGAUAUCUUUCUGAUAAGAGGGUGCCUCUCAAUCUGCUGAUCUUGAUUUCGACUCUGGUCUCUGGACUUGCAACGCUUGCUUUGUGGGGGUUAGCGCAGUCACUGGCAGCAUUGAUUAUGUUUGCUUUGGUGUAUGGCUUCUUUGGUGCUGGGUAUGUUGCGAUGUGGGCUAGGAUGGGGAGUGCGGUCAGCGAAGAGCCGACUGCGGCGCUGGCGACGUUCAGCUUGUUUUGUUUCGGGAAGGGGGUGGGCAAUGUAGCUGCGGGGCCUUUGAGUGCGGCAUUGAUUAGGAAAGGGGUUGUGGUGGGGAGUUAUGGGAUUAUGAGGUAUAAGUCAGUUAUUGUAUUUACAGGUAGCUGUAUGCUUGGAAGUGCAGUCAGUGUUGGGGCAUGGUGGGUGAAGGGGAAGUGGCCGAGGAGCUUAUGAAAUAUGAGAAAUCUGCUGAGAAGUUUAGACAUAGAUGAGAAAUCUUUAGAGGGUUACAGAACACAUACGCGUCAAGAAGCCACUUCGGGAUUGACAUUGAGUGGGAUAGAGGCGGUGGGUCAAGGUGUAACCGCUUAUCGGCAGUUGAAAGCCGUAUAUAUCGAAGAGAAAAAUAAUC